AUGUUGGUUUUUCCUGACGAGGAUGGCGACAAAAGUGCGGACUCUCAACAUGACCGCCUUGGCGUCCUUCCGGAUGAGCUCCUAUUGCAGGUCUUCGAGACGCUCGCAAAGCUCGGCACGCGGAAAGACCUCUGCAACGUGUCACGACUGAGCAAGAGGUACCAUCGCCUGAGCGACGCAACACUGUACAAGCAGGUGCUAUUCCAGACUCCGGAGCUACACCUCACCUUCAGCGAAUCGCUCGGUCGCCGCCCUCGUCGUGGAUCAGCUAUCAAUGAAGUCACCUUGGCGUACCCGGCAUCAGAGCUCUCGCAAUUGGCGCUCGGUGCCCACGUACAUGGUUCCCAUAUUCAUCCUUCCCGAUUCGACGGCUUGUCACGCACGCUUUCCAUAAUGUCGAACUUAGAAAAGCUUGACAUUGCCGUUCCGAGCGUUCUCUUGCACGGCGUUGGUUCCCUAUUUAACGGUCCUUUCGAUCUAUCAUGUCUCAAGUCAUGCAAACUAUUCUAUCAAUGUCCCAAUGAUGAGUACUGGGACCUUCGCGAAAACAUACAUAUAUUUGCGCAUCCUGAACUCGAAGAGCUGACCCUUCGGCGUGCCAGAUUUGACGAGCAAGGUUUCAAUUUCCUAGAGCGACCUCACGAAACAGCCUUGAAGAAGCUACAUCUAAUCGAAUGCGACAUCAAUGACGACGGCUUGAGUGAUAUCCUCGAGCUCCCCGAAGCACUUGAAGAGUUUGUGAUGACUCAUCAGGAAGAGCCAGAGCCGGAGCUCGAAGAGAGCUCCGACAGUGUUGCCGAUUACAUUCAAGCUCUCAGAUCACAAAGCGAGUCCUUGCAAAGCAUCACGAUCGACUCUCCAUCCAUGACAAGUCGAAAAGUGUUGAGGAUGAGGGAGUUCGGCACUGUCAAGACCCUGCGCUUGAACUGGGACUACCAAUUGUUCGCCAAGUCAUCGAAGAAGCCGCGCCUACACUCCGUCGGCUUACCUCCCGAAUUGGAAAUGCUGGAAUUCUUCAAUGAGCUCGGUACUGAUGCGGAAGUCAAUGAUCUCUUGCUUGCUUUGAUCGAGAGCAAGAGUAUCGUUGCGAGACAUUGGAAAACUAUGGUUGUGGUUGAGGGCGAUGACGCUAUUCUUAGACAAGUCAAGGCUGCCUGCAAAGAGAACGGUCUGCAGUUGGAUAUUAUUGGUGCUUUUGAUGAAACAGAUUCCGAGAAUGAUGGAAGUAUAGGGUCUGAUGGCGGGGACGACAAAGAUACUGAUGAUGAUUCCGAGUAG